AUGUCUGUCGCCGACGAGAAGACACGGGUCUCUGGCGAUGUGCCGCGCGCCGAGGGCCCCAUCCUCCCAACCAACAAUGCCCAAGCCGAGAAGUUGCAACAGAAGGCUCAGUCCAACGCCAUUCACCCUGCCCUCUACGUCAUUGUCUGGAUCUCCCUCUCGUCCUCCGUCAUUCUCUUCAACAAAUGGAUCCUCGAUACCCUCAACUUCCGCUACCCGGUCAUCCUGACCACCUACCACCUUUCUUUCGCUACCCUCAUGACCCAGAUCCUCGCUCGAUGGACUCACCUCCUUGACGGCCGCAAGACGGUCAAGAUGACCGGCCGUGUCUACGUGCGGGCUAUUGUCCCCAUCGGCCUCUUCUUCAGCUUGAGUUUGAUCUGCGGCAACCUGACCUACCUGUACCUCUCUGUUGCCUUCAUCCAGAUGCUCAAGGCUACCACUCCCGUCGCUGUCCUCCUCGCCGGUUGGUCGCUCGGCGUGUCUACGCCCAACAUGAAGGUCUUCCUCAAUGUGUCCGUCAUCGUUGUGGGUGUGAUCAUUGCUUCGAUUGGCGAGAUUGAGUUUGUCUGGGUCGGUGUCAUCUUCCAGAUCGGCGGUGUCAUCUUUGAGGCUCUGCGUCUGACCAUGGUGCAACGCCUUCUGAGCUCGGCCGACUACAAGAUGGACCCCCUGGUCUCUCUGUACUACUUCGCGCCCAUCUGCGCCGCCAUGAACCUUGCUGUUGCGCUCGUUUGGGAGAUUCCUCGCUGCUCCAUGGCCGAGGUCUACCACGUCGGCCUCAGCACCUUCUUCCUCAACGGCAUGUGUGCGUUCCUCCUGAACGUCUCUGUCGUUUUCCUGAUUGGCAAGACCUCUUCCCUGGUGCUCACCCUCUGCGGUGUGCUCAAGGACGUCAUGCUCGUCGCUGCUUCCAUGAUGAUCUGGGGCACCAAGGUCUCCGCCCUGCAGUUCUUCGGCUACACCAUCGCCCUCGGCGGCAUGGUCUUUUACAAGCUCGGUUACGAGCAGCUCCGUGGCUACAUUGGCGAGGGUUCCCGCCAGUGGGCCGAGUUUGGCCAGCGCAAGCCCGUUCUUCGAAAGCUGGCCGUCCUCAUCAUGUCGGUCUUCACGUUUAUCUGGCUCCUCAGCCAGGUCGCGCCGACCUACGCCCCCGAGUACGACCCUCACAAGCUUGUCAACGGCAUGCACAGCGUUAGUGAUCGUCUGGGCUCCGACAGGCUGUAA